AGGCGGUGGGCAGGGCGACGGGCGGAGCCGCGGGGAACUAUUGGCCGUUGCCUGGAGUGAUGUCACCCAUAUGAAACGCUGAUAACGCGUCGGGUGCGGAGCCGCGAGUUUUGCAGAAGGGGCAGCGCGCGCGGCGGGGCGAGGCGGGCCGGCGGCGAGGCCGGGGCAGAGCGCGGCGCCCAGCACAGCCCAGCCGCGCCCAGCCCCAGCCCGGCCGUGCCGAGCCGUGCUGCGCUGCGGGCAGCGGUUCCCCCGGCCGGCGGUACGGUACAGCGCAGCGCCCGGUUCGAAGGGCAAGGUGCGGCGGUGGGAGGGGGCGGCGGUCGGCGCGGAGCGGAGCGCCGCGGGGGAGUCCGGAGAUGGUGCAGCAAGCGGAGAGCACGGAGAGCGAGAGCAACCUGCCCCGGGAGGCGAUGGACACCGAGGAGGGAGAGUUCAUGGCUUGCAGCCCGGUGGCUCUGGACGAGAGCGAUCCGGACUGGUGCAAAACGGCGUCGGGGCACAUCAAGAGACCGAUGAACGCUUUCAUGGUGUGGUCGAAGAUCGAGAGGAGAAAAAUCAUGGAGCAGUCGCCGGACAUGCACAACGCGGAGAUCUCCAAGCGCCUGGGCAAGCGGUGGAAAAUGCUGAAGGACAGCGAGAAGAUCCCCUUCAUCCGGGAGGCGGAGCGGCUGCGGCUCAAGCACAUGGCCGAUUACCCCGACUACAAGUACCGGCCCAGGAAAAAGCCCAAAAUGGACCCCUCGGCCAAGCCCAACGCCGGCCAGAGCCCCGAGAAAAACGCUCCCGGUGGCGGCAGCAAGAGUGCUAAGAGCUCGGGCAAGAAGUGCAGCAAGCUGAAGGCCGCCGCCGCCUCGCCCCCCAAGCCCGGCGCUAAAGCCGCCCCGCACGGGGACUACGCGGGGGACGAGUACGUCUUCGGUGCGCUGAAAGUCAGCAGCAAGGCGGUCAAGUGCGUCUUCGUGGACGAUGAGGAGGAGGACGAGGAUGACGAGGACGAGCUGCAGCUGCGGAUCAAGCAGGAGGCGGACGACGAGGAGGAGGACGAGGAGCCUGGCCCGCAGCAGCUGCGGCGGUACAACGUGGCCAAGGUGCCGGCCAGCCCCACCUUGAGCUCCUCGGCGGAGUCCACCGAGGGGGCGAGCCUCUACGAGGAGGUGCGGGGCGCGGCGGGCGGCGGCAGACUCUACUACAGCUUCAAGAACAUCACCAAGCAGGGCCCCCCGCCGCCGCAGCCGCCCGCCGGCCUCUCGCCCGCCUCGUCCCGCUCCAUCUCCACCUCUUCGGCCGGCAGCGAGGAGGCGGACGACCUCCUCUUCGACCUCAGCCUCAACUUCUCGCAGCACGGCCACGCCGCCGCCGAGCUGGGGGCGGGGGCCGCCGCCGGCAACCUCUCCCUCUCGCUGGUGGACAAGGACCUGGACUCGUUCAGCGAGGGCAGCCUCGGCUCCCACUUCGAGUUUCCCGACUACUGCACCCCGGAGCUGAGCGAGAUGAUCGCGGGCGACUGGCUGGAAGCCAACUUCUCCGACCUGGUGUUCACGUACUGAGCGGGGCGGAGGCGGCGACGGGAGCGGCGGACGCCGGCGGUGGUGAUGAUGAUGGUGGUGGUGAUGAUGAUGAUGAUGCUUAAAAAAGAAAAAAAGUCUUCUUUAAAAAAAAAAAAAAUCCUGAUGUUAGUUCCGAGCCCGGGAGUUGUGAUUUUUUUUUUUAUUUUUAAUUUUUUGUGUGUUUUUAUUUUUUUUAUUUUUAUUUUUUUUUUGUUACAUUUGGUGAUCACAACAACAACAGCAAAGGCAAAUGGGACUGGGGGAAAAAUGCUACAGAAGGCGCUGUUCGAAGCUUGGCGGUCUCUGAUGGAAGGCUGGAAGAUGGUCUGCGAAGAAGUCUUUUGGCAGCACAACUGUUACUCAAGGGGGUUUGUGGAUUUUUAUUUUUAUUUUCCCGUGAGAGAUCUUAAAGAACUGUUCUGAUUUUUUUUUAUUAUUAUUUUUUAUUUUUUUUUCCGAAAGGGACCAUUGCAACUCUUUUUUUUUUUUUUUUUUUGGAGGGAGAAAACUGAUGUCUUCUAUGCAUCCGAUUCUUAACAAAGCUGCAGGGAGCUUGAAAAAAUGCAGACUGUACAAACGCUUACAAAUAACUGAACUGACUUAAGAUCAGAGUUUACUUUUCAGAUCAAAUUGUUUAUGGUUUUACAAAUGUGAUUUCUACUUGCCAACUUUUUUUUUUUUUGUAACUUGUUCCCUUAUACCUCCUUGAUUGAAUACCAGACAGCCUAGACCUCAGUACAAAAAGGUAUUGAAACAUUUUUGAUACAUAACAGACCUCAGUCUUUUUUAAAAAUUAAUAUAUUUUCAGGCGUAUUUUUGUACAGUGAAAAGGGAACAUUCUUGCUGUGUUUUUUCAGUAAGACUUUUCAGGCACUUCUUCCCUUUUAUUUUCUUUUUUUUCCUCUGUUUUUAGCAUGCAAGUUUGUUGGUACGUUACGUCCUGGUUUUAAAAGGAUUAAAAUUUUAAGAAAAAUAAUCCUUGCAUCUAAAGGCCUUGUGGUUUAAAAAAAAAAAAAAAGAAAAAAUAGGAAAAAAAAAAAAGAAAAAAAAGAAAAGAAACAAACUUUUUUUUUUUUGUACAGCUAUAGUUCAGAUUUGUUCAAUAUUUGUAGGUAAAGAUUUAUUGAAAAUGGUGAUAUAGACCUCAGAGCUGUUAUCUUAGUUUAAAAGAUUGUAUAUGUACUGUACUAUAGUAGGACUUUAUGUAUCUCAUACGCUGUGAUAUGUGGAUGGGGCCCCAGAUGGAAGGUAUGAAACUGGAUUCUCGAUUUUAGCAAAAAAGAAAAAAGAAAAAAAAGGCACAUAGUUUAAAAAAAAAAGUUUCUCAUGUUGUGCAAUAUAAUCUAAAGUACAGACCAUCUGCAUAUUUUGUAGCAAAUGAUGACAAAAGCAGACUUGUGCACUGUCAACAUCAUAGCCUGUUUUUUUUGGGUUUUUUUUUUUUGGUUUUUUUUUUUUAAUGCUGAAAGUCUGUAUCUUGACAAUUUUAAUAAAUCAGCUGGAACUGAUAGAAACUCGUAUCGCUAUUAGUGUCUGUAGAAUAACGCUGGAGAUGCCGUGGUGUCACCCCUCGCCUUGGAGGAGCGGUAGCUGCAGGCUGUUGUGCAUGACUCUAGAUAGGGGGAAGGAAAGAAGGACUCGAUGCCUUCAUGAUUUUUUUUCCCCCACCCCUUUCACUCCGCGCUCCUCUCGGGCAGGGCCGAGGUGUGCCGGUGCGGAGCGGCAGUGGGUUCGCCCCGCUCCGUGCCGGCUCCACGCCGCCGUCCAGGGAGCUGCCCUGCCCUCCCCGCAUCCCAUUGCUGGGGGCACGGCUGGGCCAGCUUCCCACUACAGGACGGCUCCCCUUUUCUGUGUUAUUUUUUCUCCUUCUCCCCGUUUUGCUGAGCUGUGCUGCGGGGAUGCUUCGCGCCUGCAUCUCUGCCUUCGGGCAGCGCUCAGCUCGCAGAGCCCCUUCAAAGGGGCGUGGGAAGGAAAGGGGGUACGAGCUUCUGCUGUUGGUGAGCAGACUUCGGCAGUGUGCGCUUCUGGAUAUCUUUUUUUAAUUAUUUUUUUUUUCCUUAGGAGCCAUCAGAUUUCAGUUGCCCUCUCUGAUGGCAGCAAACAGAUUCACAAAGGUGGAAGUUUGUUUUUCAAGUAGUUUACUUUUUAUCUGAUAGGCAUUGCUAUUUUUAUUUUUUUUUUCCUCCACUUAUUACUGAUCCAGCUGUUUACAGGGACAAUUCACUGUGCUGGUAUUUUGGUGGCAACCACUGCUACAGGCUUUCAGACUUGCUGAAAUGAAAAUCCUGCAUACACAUUUGUAAGGCAUAAUAAAACAUAACAUUAAAACCUGCAUGCAUGUUAUGUUUAAUCAAGGACAACUCUUAGGCAUUUAAGUGGUGAGAUAUCUUACUUUAGGUUAGUUAAAUGAACUGGUAGUAAAAUGAUUAAUAUAAUCUGAUCUUUCUAAUAAUAAUAAUAAAACACUCAUGAUUCUAAAUAAAAGUUGUUUGGCCUAAAUCUUUGCUAUCAGGAAAAAAAAAAUAGCAUAUCUGGGAACUCAAAUUUAUGUCUUGCAUUGUGAUAAUUCUUUAUGAGAAACUGUGUUUUAAAACAAACAAAAUUACAAUAUUCAAGAUAUCCUUGGCAAUGGAUAGUCCUCAAUAAAACAGAGUUUCUUGAAUUUUCAGUUUUUGGUCUCAACUGAUUAGUGUGUUCUCCAUGUAAUUAACUUAGAAAUCAGAUUGAAAACAAAUGACAUUUAUCUCUUCUAAGGCAAAAGAGUGAAAGAAAAUAGAUGCGCUGAAGUGUGCUGUAACCUAGCCAUUCACUACCCUGCUAUUGAAGACCCCUUCUCAAGCUAGGGCGAUGGAGUAAGUUGAUCAGGUUCUAAGUCUUAAUACUGAGCCAAAAUUCUCUUAGUAAUUCUUCAAGCUAUCAUGAGAAUGUGGGGACUUUCUUUUCUGGCCCCUUUCUUCUGAUAUGCAUCCUUGUUUGUUAAAGUAAUAAUAGGCAGUGUCAUUAAGCAUUUGUGCUUUACAGAUGUUCAAUGAGUUAUGAAUGAUUAUGGUCAAAUAUGGGCUGGAUUUGGUUUGCAUUGUAAUAAGGUCUGUGUCUCAGCCUGCAGGAGUUUUGACUUGCAUAUACUUUUGGAAGAUGUUUUUUAAAACUACCAUUUAAGAUAUUAGUCCAGGAUAACUAAUGUAAAGGGUCCAAGUCUAGAGCAGUCAGGCAUUUUAAAAGAGCAAUGGGUCUACUUUAGUCAAGAAGUGUAACACCCACUCCAGAAGUACAUCUUUUCUUUCUUCUGGGUGGGCAUAAUACAGUUCUAUAUCACAGGAAUAUUUUGAGUGAAGGUGUAUAGUGCAGGGAGAUACUUUUUGUUUGGACAGUUUGACUUUCAUUUACUGCAGAGUUUACUGUUGCCUAUUGCUCAAGAACAAUUUGGUGGUGGUAUUUUUAAGCCACCAUGCUGUUAGGGCUGAACUGUGAUGCUGUUGGAUGCCUAAGCUCCUGCUGAUUUCAAUGAGAGUAAGAUACAAUCUUCUAAUCAGGAAAAAUAGCAUCUGCUAUUACUCUCAUAUUUUUGCUUUUGUCAUUUCUAAUAAUAUUCCUAUCUCCAGCUCCUCUUCCAUUUUUAGUGCAUGUAGGAAUCUUUGUUGACCUGCUAGAGCAGCCCUGUUCUGGGCUUAAUAUCUCCCAUGGCAAUUUUUUCCCACAUUUUUUUGCAUUUGUCUCCAUACAGUGCUAUUCUAAGUGUAAUAUGACUUAGUGGUAAGAGGGAGAGAAAUGAGGUGUGGUUUUGGGUUGUUUUCUUUUAGUAUGGAACAACAGUUUGCUUUGUAACUGAGAGGAUGUCAACACAAUGUAAAACUUAAUCAAAUAUGGUGAUUAUUUUAAUCUCGUGAUGAGCAUUUAUGUUACAGUUUCCCCCCUUUGGUUGUUUUACUCCCUCUCUCCUUUACAGGAAGUACACCUAAGAAAUACCUUGAAUCCUAUAGGUGCAGUAUUUUAUAAAUGUGGUAGGAAGACUCAUCCCAACCAUCCUUUAGGUGCUACAUGCUCUCCAGGCAUUCACUGUCAUUUGGAUUUAACUUCUCCAAGUCUACUGAAUGUGAUUUGCAUGCGUGCAGUCUGAUCCUUCGCUCACGCCUGUUUUAGUAAAGUGCAACUCUGGUGUUACAGUGAGGUACAACUGAUGUGGGGUCAAAGUCAGGGCCUUAUACGCUUUAGGUGUUUUGAUGUUCAACACAGCUCAUUAAGUUACUAUAUACAUCUUCACAGUUGCUGUCUAGUAAGGCCUUAAACCUGCACUGUUUUGUUUUUAUUUUAAAAAACAGAAAAAUAAAAAUUCUCAUUGAGCUUAAUGGGAGUUUUUGCCUCAAGGGCUGCUGGCAGGAUAGGUGUCUUAGACCUCAUAGCCUUCAUUUGUAUGCAUGGCCAGAAAAAAAAAAAAAAAAAAAAAAAAAAAAAAAAGAAGAAAAAAAACAAAGACAUAAAACCAACAAGACUUAAUUCAAUGCGUUGCCUUACAUUCCCCCUCCUGUAGGGUUGUAUUCCUUUGGUUUGGUUCCUUCUCCCUCACCCACAUCGAAGGCUGUGAUUGUUUUUGUUUUUCUUAAUUUUUUUGCACACUACCUAUACCAAUUAACUGCCUAAUUAGUUUUAUCUUCUCUACAUGGAUGCAGUGAAUUUGUAAGAGAAUUUCACAAGCAAGUAGUUUUUUAGUGAGUUUAAAGUAAAUAGAGUUUUAAAGACCUAUUUUUAUAUUCAAUAUAAAGCACAAAUGUGCAGAAAGUGUAGAAUGACUUACAAAAAGGGAAACAAAAGUUCGUAAUAUUUCAUGUAUAAAAGUAAUACCUUCUUUGGGAUUCUCUUAGAAAACCCAAUGCUUAUGCCAGUGCAAAGAUAGGAAUAUUUUAAAAACUCUUAGAAAAUUGUGAUUGACAGCAAUUUCAAAGGAAUGACUUCUGUAGAUAUGAGGAAACCCCUAAAGCAAUAUGGAUAAGAAGGGGUGAAUGGUUUUCAAUGAUGAACAACAACCUGGAAGUGUGAGAAUGGAGGUUUCAAUCCUUAUUAAUUAAUCAAUUUUCUUCUUUUGUGGUUAGUUGCAACAUCUGGAUUUUCUGUGAAGUGCAGUCUUGUAGGAUGAAAAUGCCAAACCUCUAAGACCUGCAAAUACUCAGCAUCAGGUUUAAUUUAGCAUGAUGUGUUGUCAACUAGGAGGGUUUGGGUUUUGGUAACUCCCACUUCCAAGAAAAUCGAGAUCCUGAUUUACCACUUGAAGAAAUUUGAUCAACUAUUAACGAUUAAUCCAGGAACUCCCAUUGUCACAAUUUGUUUUUGUUUCCAUUGUCCUGCUUAUCUCCAAAACCAACUUGCCUCAACUCCUGGCUAAACCAGGGAGAAGAGUUAUAUGCCAUUGUUAGUUCAUUUACAAUUUGUAUCUGGUUUUGCUCUUGUACAUAUGUUGGCGUUUUGGAGUCUUUACAUAAAUGCUGUGAUACUUUUUUCUUCUUUUUAUUUUUCGGUGGGCUGUUUUAAAAUGGAGGCCUGUUUUCCAGUGUGGGACUUUUGAUGGUUACAACAUUUCAAUGAUGUUGCAUGAUGGCCACAGGUGGGGGAAAUUGAAUGUUUUAGAGCAGUUUUUCAAGCAUGACACUUUUAAAAUAUGUAAUUUCAAAGACUUUUCAAGGCCACGUGAAAUUAGUUUUCAUAGCCACUCCAGGUCUUGGGGGGAAAGCUGAAAAGUACUUUUGUUUAGAAGUCUGAGUGAUGGUGGGGGGGAAACCUUUUCUUGAGGUUUUUGCAUGCCAGUGCACAGCCUAUUGCUGUGAGAGAAGGAAGAUGGGAAGGCUGCUUGAGGCGAUGCACUGGAGGACAAAGUGUUUUCUAGCACUAGAAAGAAAUGCAUGGCAAAGUUUUGUCUUCUAGUAGACUAUAUAGCAUGCAGAGUUUAGUAUGUGUCAAAACAGUGUAUGACAUUGCUGUAUCAAAGUUGUAAAAUUAAGCAUUAUUUAUUGAAAACUAUGUAUUUUUUUUGUAAAAACCUGAUCACCUAGAGGAUUAAUAUCAGUGACUUGUGCUAGUGCUACAAACUUAACCAGCUUCUUUACUACAGUACUUGAUAUGCAGUGUUAAUGCUCAGGGUUGAAACCAGUCCACUCCAAUGUCUUUUUUUGCAAGAGUUUUUAGAUAAAGGAACAACAUAAUGCAAUUGUUCAAAAGACUCUAAUAAAAUUGUGUGAUCAAUCUUCC